AUGCUCCGCCAGAUCAUUGGUCAGGCCAAGAAGUAUUCUAGCUUGAUCCCCCUCUUCAUAUUUAUCGGCCUGGGAGGUACUAGAACGGCAUUGUAUGUCACGUGCUUGGCAUUGUUCAAUCCCAUUGUCAGUUGGGACAGAAAUAAUAACCUGGACCCCUGGGACCAGCUGGGACCUAAUGAUCAGUACAAGUUCUACUUUGUGAGUGUAGAUUACAGCAAACUGAAGAAAGAAGGUCCAGACUUCUAA